GAGGAGAGGAAGGAGGGAGACAGGAGCUUUUCUUUUCUUUUUCUUUCCGCCUCUUCCUUUCUCCCUCGCACACCAAAUCUCCUCUUUUCCAUGGCCUCCGUCAGGGGGUUGCCAUAGGAACUGUAGUGACAAAGGCGAGGGAAGUCUCCAGGGCCUGUGUUUGGAGGGACGGAGGGGAGAGCAAGGAGGAGGAGUCUGAGCCACAAGUUUGAGCGGAUCUCCAAAACUGCUGGAAAAGUUGCUUUGCGAGGGAGAAAAAGAGAUGUGGGGGAGCCAAGCGCAGCUGGAUCCAUGGCGAUAAGGAGGCUGGGAUCGCUGUGGCGGCAGUGGCGGUGGCGGCAAAAAGGCUAGGCCGGGCAGAGAUGUGAAUGGCAGUGACCGACAGCCAGGGAGGACCGCCCGACUGACCCGGGAGCUGUGGGAAUCGCUCCCACAUCUCCAAGCAUGCUCGGCUUCCCACUCCUACUGAUCGCCGCCUUCUCCUGUUGCUCCUGCUCUGAAGUCAAUCCUGCCAUAUGUCGAUACCCUCUGGGGAUGCACGAAGGAACAAUCCGAGAUGAGGACAUCACCGCUUCCAGCCAGUGGUACGACUCUACGGGGCCUCAGUACGCACGGUUGCUGAGGGAGGAGGGUGAUGGGGCCUGGUGUCCAGCUGGUCUCCUGCAACCCGAAGACGUACAGUUUCUCCAGAUAGACCUACACAAGCUCUACUUCAUCACCCUGGUGGGGACGCAAGGGAGGCAUGCCCGGGCGACCGGGAAGGAGUUUGCCCGUGCCUACCGGAUCGACUACAGUCGCAACGGGGAGCGUUGGCUCUCUUGGAAAGAUCGCCAAAACAGGCAGGUGAUUCAAGGCAACAUUGACACCUACGACGUCGUCCUGAAAGAUCUUCGCCCACCUGUCAUUGCCCGCUACAUCCGAGUCAUCCCAGUGACUGAGCAGCCCAUGACCGUCUGCAUGCGAGUGGAGCUUUAUGGUUGUGUCUGGUCUGAUGGUUUGGAGUCCUAUAGCAUGCCUGAGGGGGAGAUGAUUGCAGCUCCUGGCCAUCCUGUUGUCUACUUGAACGACUCAACCUAUGAUGGUUACCAGGAGUGCAGGCUCCUGCACGGUGGGUUGGGCCAGCUGACAGACGGCGUCCUGGGCUUAGAUGAUUUCACCAAGAGCCACCAGUACCGCGUCUGGCCGGGCUACGACUACGUGGGCUGGAGGAACGGCAGCUUUAGCAGCGGCGCUGUCGAGAUGGAGUUCCAGUUCGACCGGCAACGGAACUUCACCUCCAUGAAGGUGCACUGCAACAACAUGUUUUCCAAGGGCGUGAAGAUCUUUGAGAGGGUGGAAUGCUUCUUCAAGCCGCGGCUGAUCGCCGAGUGGGAGCCGGACCCCGUGGGCGUGGACACAGUCCUCGAUGACAAGAACCCCAGCGCGCGGUUUGUGACCGUCCCCCUCAGCCAGCGCGUGGGGAAAGCCAUCCUCUGCCACUUCCACUUCGCUGACACCUGGAUGAUGAUUAGUGAAAUUUCCUUCCAAUCAGCAGACAUGGAUGCCAUCGACCCCAUUACGGUCACUCUGGCCUCAAGCACAACCUUGGCGAUGCUCCCCUCGGAAGAAGCCAACGCAACGGAUGGGACUUGGGGGACCACCUUGCUGCCUUCAACAAUUCCUUGGGUUGCUCCGAAAGCAGAGGACUCCGACACCUCCAGUUUGGUCAGCUGCCUCGUGGCCAUCAUUCUCCUACUCCUCGUUAUCAUUGUCGCCAUUCUGUGGAGGCAGCACGCCCAGAAGCGCCUGGAGACGGCUCCCCGGAGGAUCCUGGAAGAGGACGCCACCGUCCGGCUCUCCUUCUACAGCUCCAGAAUUGUCAGUGGCCAGACACAGAUCCACCAGACCAAUCCCACCUACGAGAGGGUCUUCCCGCUGGACCUGGAAUAUCACCAGCCAAUCACCCUUCUUCAGAAACUCCCCGAACUCUCCCAAAGCGCUGAAGACUCAGCCUGUAGCGGUGACUAUGCCGAGCCAGACCUCACCAAGUGCACUCCGCACCAAGGGUUCCAGAACAAUGUCCCUCACUACGCUGAGACGGACAUUGUCAGCCUGCAAGGCGUGACGGGCAACAACACCUACGCCGUGCCGGCAAUCACCGUUGACUCGUUAACCAAGAAGGACAUCACCGUGGCCGAGUUCCCAAGGCAGCAGCUGCGGCUCAAGGAGAAGCUGGGAGAAGGACAGUUUGGGGAGGUCCACCUGUGCGAAGCAGAUGGUCUCCUGGAAUUCUUAGGCCGCAGUUCUCCAGAAGCCUCCAGCCGGGCGGUUCUGGUGGCCGUAAAGAUGCUGAGAGCCAAUGUCACCAAGACGGCCAGGAACGAUUUCCUGAAGGAGAUCAAGAUCAUGUCCCGCCUGAAGGACCCGAACAUCAUCCGCCUGCUGGGCGUGUGCGUGCGGGAUGACCCGCUGUGCAUGAUCACAGAGUACAUGGAGAACGGAGAUCUCAAUCAGUUCCUGUUGCAGCGCCAGAGCAGAAGCGCCUUCACGCUGUCCAACAACAUUCCCUGUGUCAGUUGCCUUCACCUCCUACUCAUGGCUACCCAAAUUGCCUCUGGCAUGAAGUACUUGGCAUCCCUGAACUUUGUGCACCGGGAUCUGGCCACGCGCAACUGCCUGGUCGGGAACAAUUACACCAUCAAGAUUGCCGAUUUCGGCAUGAGCAGGAACCUGUACAGCGGCGAUUACUACCGGAUCCAGGGCAGAGCCGUGCUGCCGAUCCGCUGGAUGGCCUGGGAGAGCAUCCUGCUGGGCAAGUUCACCACGGCCAGCGACGUGUGGGCUUUUGGUGUGACGCUGUGGGAGAUGUUCACACUGUGCAAGGAGCAGCCCUAUAGCUGGCUCUCAGAUGAGCAGGUCAUCGAGAACACUGGGGAGUUCUUCCGAGACCAGGGCCGACAGGCCUAUCUGACUCAACCGCCCCUGUGUCCGAAUCCUGUCUUCUCCUUGAUGAUGAAGUGCUGGAGUCGCGACAUCAAGGACCGCCCUGCGUUCGAGGCCAUCCACCUGUUUCUGGUGGAGCAGAUGGACGGGAGCAUUUGACCUGCCAGACACGCGUGAGGGACGCCGUGAGGGACCAAUUUGGGAGUGGCCUUGUCUCGGCCUAAAACUUUUCCGCUGGGCUCCUUCGCCGCCGGGCGUGAGCCCAGGUGCCUUUGGAGCUGACAACCGAGGAGUCCUUUCAAACAGGGUGCGAGAUGUCCUUUCACUGCGUAUCGUACCACAGAGCUUGCGUGGACGUUUGCCAUCAUGAAGGAAUACGGCCGCGCUUGCGGUGGGUUUCUUUGCUUCAGUCAGAAUCCAUUUUCCGUGACCUCCGCUCCAAGGAGGUGGCCAUGGCAGCUGCUGCCUCCCUCAGCCAUGGCCAAGAGACUCUCCGGUCUGAGGACACGCCAUCUCAUGGGAUAAUACGGCCUUCCUUCCUGGAAAUGCUGAGAGGGUCCUCGUCUCAGCCCUUCUCCUCUUCCCUCACAAAAAGCGACAAAAGACACCAUCUCUUAAGAACACACAAAUAGCCUCCUUGCUGGUCGGUCAGGCUGAAGGACCUGAGCAUUACAAGGCUCUCGUGGCUUGUGAUUCCCAGCAACGAGCGUCUUCAAGAGGACAACGCAGUUGGGGAAAUGAUAUUCCGGCUGUCAGAAAAGCUUGGUUCUUGGGAGGUGCGUGGACUCUUCCUGGAAGCCAUCUUGGCAUGUCCUCCUCACUGAAGGAAACCUGCAAGGGGAACGGAACAAAGCGGGUGGAGAGGUCAGCCAUUUGCAAAGCCCCAUCCUCUGGAUUGGGAGGGGGCUAUUCACACUUGGGACUGCCUGUUUGUAGAGGGGUGUGUGUGAAUUCUUCCACACUGGAUUUUAUAUUCUUUCAAAAAGGGUGGUGGUGGAUAAUGUUAUUGGUCAUAGGAAGGUCACUGAGGGCUGUCUGCUAAAUAUGUGGGUUUUUUGGGGGGCAGGGGGAGGGUCUUUUAAGGGGAAAUAGUUGACACUGUUACUACUGUCAUCAUGACGCCAAUGCCUUGUGUUUGUGAACUCGGAGCCAAAACAGACUGACAUGCAAAUCUCUCUGUUCCCAGAUCCCACUUUUAAGAAGAUUCCAAAAGAGACAGGAAAAUUGGGCUUGGGGGCCUCUCGCUGUCUUAACCAGUUUCACACCGCUUGCCCCACUUCUUCUCUUCGUUUAAGGACCCCCCCCUUUCUUAAUCUGCCUCUUUUUUAAUUUUUAUUUCUUUGAAAUUCAGAAGCUGUUCUAGAAUUCUCUCUGGGCCACCAAACACUGCCUCCAAGACUGAACGUAUAUUACAUUUUCCACAGUCACGGAACUGGGUGCUGAGCUCUGGAAACCGUACAGCGGAGAAGCUCAGCUUUCAUUAAACCAACCCGCCAAGUUUCUAGCCCUUUAUGAUCAGCCUGAGAGGACGCAGGCAAACAUCUCCAAAAGGGCGGGAAGAAACCAACCGUAAGCCCUUUGCAUGUCUCUUCUUGCUCCAUCACCCAGAGUGCAUCGGCACAAAAGGAAAGAGAAAUUGUACCAAAGCGGAGCAGGGUUGCAAUUUGAGGUGAGGUUUUGAUGCCCGGUGAACACAGACCAGAUUAUCUGCUGCUGUGGUCCAGACUGGGAGCCUUAAAGCAGUCACCUUUUUAACCCAUGAUGCCCUGUGACUUUAGAAGGCUUAUUUUUGUCGUAAUACCGCAAAAAGGUGUCCUUUCCUGUCUGUUGCAGCUGAAGGUACUGGUUUAAAUGGCAUAAGAGCAUGCCAGAGCCAAAUGACGUGGCAAGCUGAAUCUCCCUCCCCUGUCCCCCCCCCCCAGACAACUCUGUGGAAUUGUAGUUUGGUAGAGGUCCUUGGGAUUCUCGAUUAGAGAUCCCUGUGCCACAGAACUACAAUUCCCAGGGGUCUUUGAGGAAGAGGCAGGGGUGUAGUCAUCCAGGGUCUCAGGGGGUCUUAGACCCCUUACUUUUUUGGGAGCAGGGCCCUAGCAACGUCCCUAUGUCUCCAGCAUCCUACGAGCCAAUCAGAGUAAAAGGAGACGAGUCAGCCACUCAGAAGAUUAUUCUCAGUAGCUAACAUUCUCCCCUUUCAUGCUUGUUGGCUCCUAGGGCCAUCUGUUGAUAUGGGAGAAGGCAUUAACAAGGACCUGAUUCUCAACCCAGCAGCAAAAAGCAGGAGGAAGGGGGCGUGGCUGUGACUAAUAUAAAGUGACCCUGCACUUCUGAACCUGCCACUACACUACUGGGUAGAGGGAAUGAUAUUUAAGCCAGUUUAACAGUGCAUUUCUGUACAUCUUUAUCUACUAAAAGCCACACCAGACAUGGCAUUAUUCACGUUGCUUGGCUUUGUUUGCUGGUUACUGUUUUAAAAAAUUACAGAUGUGGGGGGGCACUGGAUUGGAACUAGUGCAAGGGGAAGGGUGCUGUAGCUGAGGUUAUUGGGGGGGAGGACAGUUCAUCACAGAGGGAGGAGUGGGUUCUGCCACAUCUCCCUUUCGGAGGCCUCACCUGCACUAUCCUUUGAAAGCACUAUCGUGCCACUUAAACCGUCACGGCUUCUUCCCCCAAAGAAUCCUGGGAACUGUAGUUGGUUGUUUGGUGCUGAGAGUUACACAGAGCUACAGUUGCCAGAAUGGGAUUAAUAAUCAAUCCCUCUUUCCAGGGAACUCUGGGAAUUGUAGCUCUGUGAGGGGAAUACAGGUCUCCUAAUCAUCCUCAGUGCCCUUAGCAAACUACAGUUCCCAGGAUUCUUUGGGGGGGAGGAAGCCAUGGCUGGGGCCUGAGUGGGGGACAGUGUCGGGGGCAGCAAAUCCCCAGUGAUCCAACCAGCAAAGGGGUGUAGAGAAAGUGGCCAUUGUAAAGACCUGCCUCUCUCCCCCUCCCACCGCCCCCUUAGAAAAAAUAUUAUUUAGGCAGUGGUGGCUGAUGGCUCCAUGACAGUGAAAUCUGCUCUGGGUUUUAGUCCAAACUUUCAAGGAGCUGUCCAGGGUGCUGAAACCUAGCUCCUUGAAAGUUUGGACUAAAACCAGGAGCGGAUUCCACGGCCCCACUAAUAUGAAGCCACCAGCCGCCACCAUAUUUCGGAACACACCAUAGUAUAUUCAGGGAGCUAAAAAGAUGGGGAUAACUGGAAUUCAGAUAAAUUGAAAAAAUUGUUGUAUACUGGACUAUAGCCUUAAGUAGUUCAGACCUAUAUGCAAAUGCAAAUUGGCUUAGCGGUGGUAUGUAAUAAGUAAAAACCCUCUAAGGAACUCACUUGGUGGUCAAUCAGAUUUGGCUAUGGGAGCAUGUCCUUCCUAAGCAGCAGUGACUUUUCUUUGUUGCCCUUAGUAGCCCGUGACAUCCCCCGCUACAACCCUGUCAUGAAUCUUAGAACAAUGAAGAUUCCUUAAAGGCGAACAAAUAUGUCAUGGCAUAAGCUUUCGUGUCCCACACUCCACUUCAUUAGAUGCAUGAAAGGUCGGGCUGAUCUCAAGCUGCGUACACACCAUAUAUUUAAAGCCCAUGACUUUAAAGCCCGAGAAUCCUGGGAACUGUAGUUUAUCCCUAACAGAGCUACAAUUCUCAGCACCUUUAACAAACUACAGUUCCCAGGAUUCUUUGGGGGAAGCCAAGUGCUUUAAAUGUAUAUGGUGUGCACACAGCAUCAGACAAAGGACAUUUCAUAGAAUCAUAGAAUAGUAGAGUUGGAAGGGCCCUAUAAGGCCAUCAAGCCCAACCCCCUGCUCAAUGCAGGAAUCCAAAUCAAAGCUUUCCCAACAGAUGACUGUCCAGCUGCCUCUUGAAUGCCUCCAGUGUUGGAGAGCCCACUACCUCUCUAGGUAAUUGAUUCCAUUGUCGUAUGGCUCUAACAGUUAGGAAGUUUUUCCUGAUGUUCUGUCGAAAUCUGGCUUCUUGCAACUUGAGCCCAUUAUUCCGUGUCCUGCACUCUGGGACGAGUGAGAAGAGAUCCCGGCCCUCCUCUGUGUGACAACCUUUCAUGUACUUGUUAGCACAUUAUACUUGUUUACUGGCUUCCCGAUGUCGUGGCAUCUGUGCCAUCAAGAACUAUUUUGUGAAUUACUACUGUUAAGUACAUAAUUAUCACCAUCUGCACUUUUCAUUUCCCUCUGACCUCAUGGUUUCAAUCCUACCCUCCCAAACCGUAUGUAUAUACACCUAACACUCAGGAUAAUACCGCACACAUCUGAUGAAGGAGACUGCAGUCUGCAAAAGCUUGUGCCAUAAUAAAUUUGUUGGUCUUCAAGGCGCAGCAAGACUCUCUGUUGUCGCUGCUGCAAACGGCUAUCACGGCUAUCCCUCUGGACAGGACUCCUAGAGCCUCUGAGGCAAUCUCAUUGCUUCUGCCUCAGGCUCUCUUUUAUCUCAGUGCUUUAAACUAGAGACCAAAGAUUUGCUUCAUCUUAUUACUCUGAAUGUGAAGUUCUGUGCCCCUUCUAGGGCCUGUGUGAUGUUUGUUUCCCCAUCCCCUUCCGGCUUCUUAGCUCCCCCUACUCCAAGGGCUCUUUGGCCUUCAGUCCUUUAUCUCCCCAGAUUUCACCCCACAGCCUCUUUUAUCCCCAGCUCUUGGGUGAGGUUCCCUCCUCCUCAGAAAAUCCUCAAACCACUUCCCUGACAGCAGCUGCUUUUUUAUUUUUUGGAACAUUCCAUGACUGACCCUUCCCCCUCCGAAGUUAGAAUGUUAGCAAACAUUCCAGGCAUGCUUUAGGUCCCCUCACCCACACAAAACACUUCAAUGGCUGAAUACAUGGCAGAGUGAUUUUUGAUGAAUUUUCUACAAUCAUAAUGACUUCUUUUUUUACAGUCAUCCAGUUUCUAGCCACUGGACCCCCCCCCCCUGAAUCCUUUUACCAUGUAAAAUACUAGUGUGGGUCAGAAGACCUGUUUUUCAUCCCAGAAUAGUGAAAGUGACAGCUAUAAAGGAACUGCCUUAUACUGGGCUUGACUGCUGCUCUCUCUCUCUCUAGCCCAGAGAUGCGGCUCUCCAGAGGUUGUUGGGUACAGCUCCCAUAAUUCCUAUUACCUAUAGUGGCUGAGGCUGGUGUGAGUUCGAGUCCAGUAACAUCUGGAGGGCCAUUGGUUCUCCAUCCCUGCUCUAGCCAAAUACGUCUACAGUGCAGUGGCGGCUUGUGGCUCCAUGUCAGUGGGGCAGUGGAAUCCACUCUGGGUUUUAGUCUGAAUUUUCAAGGAGCUGUCCGAGGGUUCAUUCUAAGGUUUUUUUCCCUACCGCACAAGCAGCCAGCACACUGCCCGCCACUGAACUAGUCAAGUAAUUUGCCCCAUAUUAUACUAUUAACAAGAGAGCCAGUGUGGUGUGGUGGUUAAGGUGUUGGACUAUGACCUGGGAGACCAGGGUUCGAAUCCCCAUGAAGCUGACUGGGUGACCUUGGGCCAGUCACUGCCUCUCAGCCUCAUGAAAACCCUAUUCAGAGGGUUGCCAUAAGUCAGAAUCGACUUGAGGGCAGUACAUUUUUACAUACUGUUAGCAGGGCUUUUUUUGUGACAGACCUCACCAGUACAGAGCACCUGCACCUCUUUUUUGUUGCCUAUGCCAGCCAUUUUGUGCAGACACCCACAGUGCUUUUAUCAACAUAUGGUUACCGGCACCUUGUUUUUUACUGAACAAGUACUGACUCGUAGUAUAAAAUUAUGAAGAGUUGAAAGGAACCGGUAUUUAUCUUCAUUUUCUGUUUCUUUUCAUCUUUCCUCAUCUGUUUCUUUUUUAAAACUACCUAGCUCGCCAUUAAAUCCCAGAUGAUCAACUGCACAAAAACUUGCUUCAGUGCUGUACAGAUUUUUUUGACGCUGCACAAAACGUGUCUAGCUGCACAUUAGAAUAAACCUUGAGCUGUCCAAAGCACUUUGGACUGCGCCUUGAAAGCUCGGAGUAAAACCCGGUGAGGAUUCCCUUGCCCCAUUGACAUGGAGCUCCCAGCCACCAUUGCCACAAUGGUUAGGAGUAAGGAAAUAUUUCCCAGCAUUGCUAACUGGAGACUCAAGCGACUGAACAUCAAGCCUUACAGGUGCUCUUCCACCAAGCUGCAGCUCCUGUGGUAAUGGAGGGAAGAUUGUCAUACAUAUUUAUUUGGGCAGGGGGAAGAGAUAUUACCACUGGCUAUCUCAGUUUCUGGUCAUGUGAGAAACUGGUCAGGUUGCCAUCUCCCUUUCUGGCCCUUGCUUCUGUGCCUUUAAAGGCAGCUUGAUCUGCUGACAUUCACAGAGAGAGAGGCCUUACGCUGCUGAUUUCUCCAGAUCAAGCUGGUGUUAAAGCAGGAUGGGGCAAUUCUGGCCCACCAGAUGUUGUAGGACUCCAGCUCCCAUCAUCCCUCAGCUUUGGACAUGCUGGCUGGGGCUGAUGGGAUCUGGAGUCCCGUAACUUCUGGAGGGCCGGAGGUCUCCCAACCCUUGCCCCUCAAGGCAUAGGAACAGACCAGGAUGUGGGGCUUUCCCCCAUGGUCAGUUGCCCAUCCUAGUAGCCUGUUGCUAGGUUGCUUGCACACCAAAAGGGUGGGCUGCAAACGAUGUAGCAGUUGACCAGGUAGGCCGCAGCCAGCCCUCCCUAGUGUGUCGCUUAGCAACGGCGAACAGGAAUGAAGCAUUUCAUUGAGAAUGCGACAGUUAUGCACCUUUUGCCUUGGCUAUGAGGGCAGCCCUUCCUGGGACAUCCUUCUUUCCAUGUUACUUGAAGUUCAAAACUGUGGAUAGACAUCGGCCAUUUUGUCCCAGAGCACAUGACUCCUCUCUCUUUCGCUAACCAUUCUCGGUUUUAUGUCGUUUGUUUUGGCUGUUGUAUGGCUGUGUACAUAUUGUAUUUAGAAAUGGCAUUCAGAUGUGUACAUAAUAAUAAUAAUAAUAUAUAUGGAUUUUAACCAGCAGCUCCUCUGCAAUCACACCUUUGCCAUGGAGGCUUUUUUGUUUUUUGUUUUUUUUACAUUGACAAAUGACCAAUAAAUUCUGUUGGUUUUCUUUUC